UAGUAAAUAAACAAUUUUUUAAAUUCUUAUCUUAUAGAUAAAAUAUCUUAAUUUAAACAAUAAUGCAUCGAUUUUUAUAUUUAAUUGUAUUUUUAAUAACCAUUUUCAAUGUAAACUGUCAAGAUUUUGACGUUGAUAUUAAUGGAUAUAUUCUUUAUUGUCCUUGUAUGGGUCGAUUUGGAAAUCAAGCGGAUCAUUUUCUUGGUGCACUAGGUUUUGCUAAAGCUUUGAAUCGUACACUAGUAUUACCACCAUGGGUUGAAUAUAAAACAGGAGAAACAAGAUCUAUACAAGUUCCUUUCGAUACUUAUUUCAACGUUUCAAAACUACAAGAAUGUCACAAAACGAUGUUGAUGCAUGACUUUAUGGAUAAUUUGGCUCCAACGAUAUGGCCACUAAAGGAAAGAGUAUCAUUUUGUUACUCGGCACGUGGCAAAGGUGAAUCUUGUAAUGCUAAGGAAGGUAAUCCAUUUGGUCCAUUUUGGGAUACCUAUAACAUAGAUUUUGUAAAGUCUGAAUUUUAUGGUCCAUUACAUUACGAUGUGUAUCAUACUGAUAUGGCAUCUCAAUGGAAACAAAAGUAUCCAUCUAAAGUAUGGCCAAUAAUAGCAUUUACGGGUGCACCUGCAAGCUUUCCUGUACAAUUUGAAAACAAGGAGUUACAUAAAUGUUUAGAAUGGAAUGAAUCGAUACAAGGAAAAGCAAAAUCAUUUGUGAAAAAUAAUUUACCUAAGGGAGCAUAUAUAGGAAUUCAUUUACGUAAUGGAAUUGAUUGGGUGCGUGCUUGUGAAUAUACGUCAAUGACUCCAAAUUUAUUCGCUGCACCUCAAUGUUUAGGAUAUCGUAAUGAACGAGGUAAAGCAACGACUGCAAUGUGUUUACCAUCCUUCAAUGUGAUACUACGACAUAUUAAACGUAUUAUUCGAAAUAAUAAUGAAGUCAGAUCAAUAUUUGUUGCUUCUGACAAUAAUUAUAUGAUUGAUGAGUUGAAUAAUUCUUUAGCGCGCAUGCAGGUGCAAGUUUUUCGACAACCAGAUCCAGUUUCUCCUCACGUAGAUUUAGCUAUUUUAGGAAGAGCGAAUUACUUUAUUGGAAACUGUAUAUCUUCAUUUUCAGCUUUCGUAGCAAGGGAAAGAGAAGUUAAAGGCUAUCCAACAUAUUUUUGGGGCUUUCCACCAGAAAGAUCAUCGCCUUCUAUCUCUCGCGAAGAAUUAUAAUAAAUAAUUUAAAAAGAACCAUCACAAAAUAUUUAUUAUGAGAUUUAUGCGCAAUAGUAAAAGUUUUUGAACUGUU